AUGCUGCUGGAGUACAGGGAGAAGGACUCCCUACAGAAGCAGAACCGUCCCCUCUACUUCCCCAAACCUCUAAAGAUCGUCCCUGUUGCCCACUGUGAGCCCAUCGUUCGGCUGCAGUUCUACCCCUUCCAGACCCCCCAGGCAGAGAAGAACGGGGGGCAGGGCAGGGCCGUGCCCAAAACCCGCGCCCAGCUGGGACGCUACCUGUCUGUCAGCCGAGAUGGCAUCCUCAACUACUGGAGCGAGAGGUUCAAACUGACACGCACUGUCAACUUGGACCAGCUGAAACGAGCCCCCCCCUCCACCUCCAUCCAACAGAUCUGGGUAACCGACAUGAUCUGCUUGAGCAACCUUAACCUCCUGGCCAUCGCCUCCACCGGACGAGACGUUGGUGUGUAUGCAUGUGUGGAGCCUGCAGCAAGUGCAUGUGAGGAGUUUUAUGACAUCAGCGCCAGCAAGUGUGACAUUGUAUUCUCUCUGACUGGACUGGAGGGCUACGCGGUUGUCAUGGAUUACUGGUCAGAUGGAACCAAAGCAGUGUUUUCGAUAGGGGACAUUGAGGGUUAUGUGUCUGUCUUCAUCUCCAGUGAUGUGCUCCAGUAUGGACUGUUCAACAGCGGGGCCUUUAAGUCUGGGGGGAAUUGCCGCAUCCCUGUCCCAGCUCUGUUGAAGAACACCUCCAAGUAUUUCCUGUGUUUCAAAGUGGCCCUGCACAAUAACUGGUGCCAUCAGAUCCGCUUUCUACCGGAGUUAAACGCUGUCGCCACCUGCUGUGCAUCUGACCAAACUUCCAUGGUUCUCACCACUGUGCCCCACUCUCAGAAGGCUAAAAUCCACAACUCAUUCUUUCAGCUGAGGAAGGGAAUCCUCUGCUUUGACUACUCUCCCGAGUUUAACAUUCUGGUGACUGGAGGCUUUGACCGCAUUGUGAGGAUAUGGAACCCCUACGUGAACAACUGUGCCACCUCUCAGAUGAAGGGCCACUCCACAGCCAUCACACACAUCGUGGUCAACAGCAGCGACAACAAGAUCAUCAGCAUCUCCAAGGACAAGAAUGUGCGUGUGUGGGACCUGCAGGACUGUGCCUGUCUCCAGAACAUCCACUCCAGGAAUGUGACCAUGAGUCGCUUCCCUAUCUCAAGUGUCCACUACAACAGAGACACCAACACCCUGGUGCUGGCCACCUUUCUGAUAGGGGUUCUACAUGGAGUGGUGGAUGAUGUGGAUACUGUUCACAAGCUGCAGACAUCACAUGAGCAGCCCCUGUGUACAGCUCUCUAUAACACCAACUUCAAACAGGUAGUGAGUGGCUGUCAUAACGGCGUGGUGAGUGUGUGGGAAAUCCUGACUGGGGAGAAGGUCAUGCAAUUCCAGACAUCCCCGGAGAAGGCGGUGGAGGUGACGGCCAUGACGUUUGACGGGCCCAAGCGCCGCCUCAUCACGGGGUCCAAGGAUGGUAGCCUGCGCCUGUGGAACUUCAACAACGGAGCGCUGCUAGCUACACUCCCCAUACUGAAUGAUAACGAGGUGACGGGGGUCAUUUACAUCAACCAAAGGAUAUAUGUGUCCGGCUGGAGCAAAAGGGUCAUGUGGUACUUGGAUGUGAAGGAGGAUAUGGAGAUGGAGUACCGUAUCUGGAACCAGUACCAUGCCGAGGAUAUCUACUCCAUGCAUGCCCACGGCAACAAGAUGCUUGUGACCGCCUCCUACAGUGGUGACAUCAUCGUAUGGAACAUCGACUCGGGGCGAGCCUUCUGCCGCUUCAACGCCUGCGAGAGUUCGCGACCACUGCUGCCCAAUCGGGUGAUUGACAGGUCAGCUUUUGACAGAUUUGAGGCGUCAGAGUCUAAGGGCUCGUUUGAUGAGAGCGAAUGGACAGAUUCAUCAGAGUACAGAGGGGAGGCCACAGUCUCCCAUUCCAGCCAGGGGGUCUCAGUGGGGCCCGGUGCACCCCCACCUCAUCCCCCCUCUCCUCAGGAGGACAAGGACAGCUCUUGCAGCAGCCCCCCUGAGAUGAUCCAGGAGGAGUCAGGCGCUGAGAAAGAAAAUGAGAGAACUCAUCAGAAGAAGUCGCCAAAGCAGCGGCACAAGAGCGGCAAACCUCAGCCGAUCAGUGCAAAAGAGUUAGAGAAACCCAGACUGGCUGUGGAGAAGGCUCUUUUCCUGGGAACCAGGGAGCGGAGCCCUGACACAGCCAUCCUGCUGACCAGUGCAGCUGACGGCUAUGUGUACGCCUGGUCCAUCCACCACCUGGGGGGGCUGCUGGGAAAGUUCCGGGCGGUCCACUCCGAGGGCACGGCCAUCACCACCAUGUCUACUGAUCUGCAAGACCAGAUGCUGCUAACUGGGGACAGCACCGGCUACAUCAUGGUGGUGGAUGGCUGGAGCGUCUCCCUCACCCCUCCGCCCCUCCUCAGCUCCUGGCGGGGUCACCUGAAGGGCAUCGUUAGUCUGGAGUACGUGGAACGUUUCCGCCUCAUUGUCACCGCCAGCCUGGAUUGUAACGUGCGACUGUGGACCAUCGCUGGCAGCUACAUAGGCACAUUUGGCCAGGCCCAGUGGUGUGUGGGAGACCACCAUGCCUUCCCCUGGGAACUGCCAGUGGACCUGAGGAGGGUUGGCUCCUGCCAGACCCUCAAAGUGCUCAACCAGGGAACACAACCCCACUGGAACUGUGCCAAGCGUAUCCUGGAGACACUGACCCAGCAGAAGCUCCGGCAUACAGCCAUGGCAAGCACUGCCUCUGACCUGCAGGAACUGGUGCCAGCCGACCCACGAAUCGCCCAGUACAGCAACGACCAGAUCGAGGAGACCUGGCAGCACUGGCAAGAGAAGGGCAAACAGACGAGUGCCAUCCUGGGGCUUGCCUACAAGCAGAAAGUGAGGCACCGGCCCUCCUGUCCCCUGGACCUCCAGGUGUCCUUUAGCAGCCGAGAGCAGCUACGGGUGUACAAGUCGAUGCCCUGCACAUCCCUGCUGCCCAUCAUCCAGCCUCCGGUACCUGAGUUACUGAAGGAGCAGCAGCAGAAGACCCAGGACGGGGCUGACAUGCUGGGCAAGCAGAAGAGGAACAACAAGCGUGGCGCUCAUGUACGCUUCAGCUCGGCCAAAGGGGCGCGCAGGAAGUCUAUUGCUCCCAAACAGCAGAUCAGGGGAGGCAGCAGCAUCGCCUAGGGAACUGAGUAGCUGUGAUUGUGGCAGUGUCCAUUGGUUUUACCUGUUAUUUCUCCCUGUUUCUGAAUUAACUGUUUCAAUACACACUUUGUGUAAUUACUGUCAUGUUAUUAAAUUGUUUUAAUUGGCACCAGUUUCACUGUCUACCACACAGUGGUGACAACCUUCGAGUGGACUUAGGGCUAUCAGUUAUCUCCAGUUGC